CCGCUGGAUACGACUAACGCUGGGAACAUGUUCCCACUAAAAUCGGCACAAAAUUUCCUGGCGAAAACGUAAACAUUACAAACAUUUUUUUAAUCCACUAUGCUUUAAGAAUUUUUCACGACUAAAGGUUUAGACGUAUAAAAAACGCAUUGAAUUGUCACAAUUGAAAAAUCGGAAGCUACGUUACAAGAGCGUGUCUUGGAAUCAGUUUAAAUCAAUUAAGCUUGUUCUUGUUGAAUGACAAGCACGUUUUGACUUCUGUUUUAAAUUAAAAUUCCAAGCGACAUUCGUAAUUAAAUAUCAUGAACGAAUUUGGUGGUUACGAAGACCCGAUUUCAAGAGCUUUUUGGGGACCGGAGGAUCUCGAUGAAGAGCCGAUAACGUAUCCAACGUUUAGUCUCGAAUCUUCAGAGGAUUUACCAAAAUCGAUAAAGACUUUUGUCAUUAUUUCUGGAAAUGUUGGAACUGAUAUUAUGAACAGAUACAUAAUAUCAAAUGCAGAAAAAGUUUGUACCAUCAACAGCUCAGAAGAAUUUAAUGUGGCAGCUUUUUACAAACUUGAUAAUGACAUCUACGUUUGUCAUAUUGCUCAAUCCAUUGACAUUACAUGUGCUGGAAGAUUUGUAGAAACAAUUUCUGACACAAUCAAAAAAUCUGAAAGAGUUUUUGUUUUUACGGAGACAAAAAUGUAUGAGCUAGCUAACUUCGAGGCAAACAACAUAAAUGAACCAACUCUGUGGAGAUCGUUGAGCAAUCAGAAAGGCAAAGAGAUUGAAUCGAAUAAAGUGUCAGCACUGAAAAAUCCUAAUUACAUUGUGGGUGUUGCUGCUGGUGUGAUAGGAUUGACAGAAAUGUUAGACAUUCCAGCGAUACUCUACAUUCUGUACGUGUCCGAGGACGCGUAUAACAUUGAGAAGAGGAAAGCAAUGCUGAAACUUUUUGCAAAGGUCACAAAAUACCCUAUACCAAAAAUCGAGCCUGACUCCACAACUUUUGACAACAAUAAGCUAAAAUUGUAUACUUGAAUAUUCAGCUGUUUUAUUGUCCUCAAACAAUGUCAUUCUUUUUUCUGUAUCCAGUUAAGGAGGGUGGAUCACGAAAUCAAAAUAAUCAGAAUUUGAUAAAAUUUGGUGACAACAUUCUUUGGCAUCAAAUAUACAAAUACAAUUUUUUUCAAAUUU